AGCAUGGUGACAGAGGGAGUGAAGGCUGGGAAGUGGCAGACCGUCCAAAGCCACAUGCAGUCCGGAGGAUUAAGACCUACCAAGUGAGUUCAGAACCAGAGAUUAUAAAAAUCAACACUUCAGUUGCAAAAUGCACACCUGACUCGCAAAAGAUUUAGUUCUUUUGGGUUUAUCCCUUUAGCUGCAUCAAUUAUUACAUGAAUGACUUUAAUUUGGGAACAAAGAAACAAAUGAUGUGAUAUUAACACCCUUCAAGCCCCACUCAGUAUGAAGCCACUUUCCUUUCAAGCAAGACAGUUCUUCCUGUUGUUGCUAUGCACAUUUUUUAUUGUGUCAUCACUACGUGUUGAAAGACGCAUUAACAACUUAGGCAGACAUUGAAUAUGCUAACAUUUUCUCAGUAGAUAUACUUUUAAUUGGAGCUAUUGAUUGGACCGAGAAGCUUUUUAUACCUGAUGACUGCUUCUUUCUAGAUUUUGGGUACAUUCGUGUUUUUUUUCAUCUUUAGUGGAGUCUUGCGCAGAAUUACAUUGGAGGUUUUCCUACAAUGAUUGUGGGAAAACCUUUUCUGCUAAUCCAGCUCUUUCUCAAGUGAACCUGAGAUGAAUAAGGGUAAAACACGCUGAAACAGAUAAUUGGGAUUUGAGGUUAGCCGGAAACCUGAUACCGACUUUUUCAGAGCCUUGAGACUGUAACUACUUACAAAAGCAUUCUUAUAUAGACUUAGAGACUCUUUGGGUGUGUGUAAUAUCUUCAUGAGAGUAAAACUUACAUGCUGCCAGCAGGUUAAGGUAGCUAGAAAUACAUAAAUCCUCUCUUUCUCCCAAACUUGAAUUGUUGCAUUAUGUUACUUCUCUUUUUAAUUUAGACUUGAACUUACAAUGUGAACUGUACAAAUACAUCAGCUGUGACGUGUGAUAUGAUGCCGGGGCUAUAUUCAGUCUUCUGUAAAUGAGGCAGUUAAAUGCAGGUGCUGUGAUUUUCUUCACAUUCCGUUGACACUUCAUGCCUGCGAUUUCUUCCUCCACAACACAUUUACUCUCAUCACUACCUCGCUCCCUCCGUUUCUCCUUCUCUCAUCUUUCUUUUUGCCCCUGUCUGUAAUUGGAUUCUAUUUUCAGGCCGCCAUGAGUGUCUGUGUGUCUCCUGUGUUUGUGUCUCACACCCUGUUUCUUUCCAGCUCCCCUCCAUCGUCACCCUAUGCUCCCAUCGUUCUCCACUGGUGUGUCACCAUCUCCUCUGCCCUGCCCGCUCUCCAUUGUUUACCUCUUUCUUACUAACUGGUUUACUUUUGCAAGGCAUCCAUUGAACUUUUUUUCAUCCUCUCAUGUGUAGCUGUUAGGUACGGCGAAUAUCACAAGAAAAACUGCAUGUAAAUUGUGCUGGAUGAGGUAAUGCAAACGGCACAAACUGAUGGGAAUAGCUCUCUCAUGACCUAGUUCUGGUAGUCUGGGUUACACAGCGAUCCAAGAGAGGAAGUUAUAUUUAGUUUGGAGAACAAAGUAGAAAAAGAGAGGAAGAGAAGUACGGUAGAGUUUGCAAAACACAAGAGUGAUGUACAUGUAGGCAGACAAUAAAAUUCUAAUUGCAUUGUGGGAUAGUGGUUUGAGUCAUUUUAGGCAAGGCAAUUAAUCAGUUAAACAGUAUUUAAGAAGGGGAGGAGUGGAAAUUAGGAGCCUGACAGAGGGAGGGAGUCUUGCUGUAGAAGUUGGUUGGCUGUCAGGAUCUCUCUAGAGGUCCUGCAUGUGUUUAAAAGACCAAAAAUACUUAGAGAGAAAUGAGGAGAGGCUAUCAGAGGUGGAAAUGUUGACAGGCGAGUAGAAGAAAUGGGGAUUUCUCGUCGGACCACAAAACUCUCGACGGCGAGGCCUGGAAGCAGUAAAACCUCGACGCGCACCCCGCGAUGCGGAUGCGCCGCUCAGAGCCGCAACACGACUGUACGGACGGUCAACAUCCGACCGCUGCCACUGCGAAGCUCACCUCCAUACAAACAGCAUGCUCAAGCCACACAUCCACGCAAGGCGCACUCGCGUCUGACGCAGACUCACUGCUCGACUCAGCACCACGAGCAGCACAUGGCGCAUGCCGAUCAUCACUCAGGCUGCACCUUUUACUGCUAUUUUUGUUACUGCUGUUACAGCUGCUGCCUCAUGUUGCUCUCUUUUUCUCUCCUCCUCCUCCUUUCUCCGCCUCCCAACGCUCCUUUCUCUGAUCCCUCCUCCACUUUGACCUCAAAUACCAUCACACCUCCUCCCUCCUCUCCAAUCACACAACUUUCAACUUCCUGUUUGGAUGAACUUUCCUGCUUCUGCCCGGAUGCCAACCUGACUUUGUCUCCAAUACUUCCUCAUUGCCCUCGACCUCUUUGUCUAAUCUCGGAUGAUUCCUCACCUCUCCGCCUCACCUCCUGCCCUGCCCCAACCACCUCCGCCUGUCAUGGUUCCUCAUACUCCUCUACAUCGGACUCCCUCCCACGUCCUCACAAACCUAUUCUCUGCCGGCCCUGGCCGUCAACCCGCUCUCUUUCCUCGCUACUCCUCUGCCCUCCCAGCUUUGGCGAGCCGGUCUUAUCCUAUGCCUCCACCCUGGAGCACAUUCCCUCCCGGCCUCGGACGCUGCUGCGGCAGCAGAGUCUGCAGCAGCCCCUCAUCCACCCACCGGGCCCGGCUCUCAGCCACCCACCUACCACAUCCCAAAGCUUGGGACAGUUACACACAGGACCUGGACAGCCUGGGGGAGGUGGUGGGGCAGGGAGAGGAGAUGGUGGCGGAAACAGUGGUGAGGGUGGGGGUGCAGGUACACGAGGCAGUGGCCGGGGUGCACGGGGCGGCUCAGCGGGAGCAGCCGCCUCACGUUAUAGGGGAGGCGGAGCAGGAGGGCGCACUCGUGGCAAUCCAGGCAGCUGGGAUUACAUGAUGGACCAGAUGAAGAACCGGGGCCUGGAUGUCAAGUCCUUCCUUGAAGGAAAGCUGGUGGUCCUGGCUUUGGCCAUUGGUGUGGCAGAGCAAGAUGACUUUGCCAAUAUCCCUGACCUGCAGGAAACGGCGCAGGCAGCACCACCAGCCAAUCAGGAGCCCCCUCCUGAGAAGAGGGGCAACAAGCCAGCAAACAGCCCCAAGGGUCACCCUCCUGAUGCUGAUGGGCACUCUUCUGUAACUGACCUGGCCAACUCGCUCACUGGAGACAUGGUGAUGUUGUCCCCAGGUUCAGAGGACGAUGACGGUGAAGGGCCCGUCAGCGAAAAACUUGGUCGUAUCCAGUUCAGCAUAGGCUACAGCUUCCAGAAUACGACCCUUACUGUCAAAGUUCUGAAGGGUCAGGACCUGCCAGCCAAGGAUUUCUCCGGCACCUCGGACCCUUUUGUCAAAAUCUACCUGCUGCCUGACAAGAAGCACAAGCUGGAAACCAAGGUCAAGAGGAAGAACCUCAACCCCCACUGGAAUGAAACCUUCCUCUUUGAGGGCUUCCCUUACGAGAAGGUGAGAGAGCGCACUCUCUACCUCCAGGUGUUGGACUACGACCGCUUCAGCAGGAACGACCCCAUCGGAGAGGUGUCAAUCCCCCUAAACAAGGUGGAACUGGGCCAGCUGAAGACCUUCUGGAAGGAGCUUAAGCCCUGCAGUGAUGGCAGUGGGAGACGAGGCGACCUGCUGGUGUCUCUCUGCUAUAAUCCCACUGCCAACACCAUCACUGUGAACAUCAUCAAAGCACGCCACCUUAAAGCCAUGGAUAUCGGGGGAACCUCGGACCCUUACGUAAAGGUGUGGCUCAUGCACAAGGACAAGCGUGUUGAGAAGAAGAAGACGCCAGUGAUAAAACGCUGUCUGAAUCCAGUUUUCAACGAGUCCUUCCCCUUUGAUGUCCCUGCCCAUGUGCUGAGGGAGACUACCAUCAUCAUCACCGUCAUGGACAAGGACAGGCUUAGCCGCAACGAUGUCAUUGGCAAGAUCUACCUAUCGUGGAAGAGCGGGCCAGCAGAAGUAAAGCAUUGGAAGGACAUGCUCGCCCGGCCGCGUACUAACGUCGCCCAGUGGCACGCUCUUAAGGCCUGAUCGCACCACCCAGCUUCCUCCAUGGCCACUUCCCUUCUCCUACUUCCCACCCCUCUUCCCUCUCCCCUUCUCCCGCUCCCGUCCUUAUGCACAAGACUGACUUGCUGCCAGGCUGCGAAACACGGGUACAAUUAGCCAUCUGCUCUCUUAAACCUUUAAACUCUUCUCUAUUUUCUUUUAGAAUCUCAAUUUCCUCUUCCACUUCUCUCUGAAUUUCUCUCCCCUUGUGCUGUUGUAUGUUUUUUUCUGUGUCGCCACUUUGCCAAUAGUCCCCCUGUUUCUGACUGUCUGUAUGUCUGUCUUUCUGUCCUUAUGCAAUCGGCCCAUGGAAGUCUAAUGAUCCAUUUAUUUGUCGCUGCAGUCCCUGACCAGUUAAACAAGUUGGUAUCUUACAGAAUCAUAAUAAUUUGAACUCAUUUAAUAUUGUUGUAUAAAUAGUAGUUACACAAUAUAAUACAUUAGGCACUGUAUGAACAUACAAGUUGAUGUCAAUAAAUUACAAAACCAUUGUAAAGUUAAUUUAGUGAUUCAGCUCAAAAAGUGAAACUCACUGCAUACCAAGUCAGUAAACUAGAGUAUUAUAUAUUUCCAGUCUUUAUGUCUGUUAAUUUUGAUGACUCUGAUGUAUAGCUAAUAUGAACCCCAAAUUCUGUUUCUCGUAGAAGUAGGUUUUUACAUAAGACCAAUGAAAAAAAGUAAUACAGCAUUGUGGUGCUACAAUAUGUACUGUAUGUACCCAGUAAUUGACCGGGGCCCCCAGCCUGUGGCUCUGCAGAUGUGUGCGCCAGCCUUCAAUUCAUCCUCAUUGUUGGCUCUGGUGCCUCGACAAUGUUUGAGCUUCAGACCGGGAGAGUUUGCACUUUUGCCAUAUUGUGCUGGAAAAAUAAAAUAUGCACUUCUAUAAACCUUGUCAGCAGAGUGAAACAUGGGGUGCUCAAAAACCUUUUUGGUAAGCUACCCUCCUGACAUUGGACUUUAUAAAAUACAAUAGAACAACCUCAACCAGCUUGAAAUCCGUGCCUCUUCCCUUUAUCUCCAGACUCUGGGACCUUGAUUGACCAAUGAAAAAUAAAAUCUGCUUUUCUAAUAACAAGAGGACUUUGGACAAGUCCUUUUUAAGAAGAAUUUGUCAAUGUCUUGCAUUCAGCAGUGUCUUAACACAGGGAAGGCAGCAGUUGCAGAAUAUAUUCUGGAAAAUAACUGUGUGCUUCGACUCUUAAAACUCUGAAUCCAGCCACAGUCAAUCCCUUGUUAUUCUCACCAAAAAUCAUAAAUGAGUUAGAAUCCUCUCAAGGCUUCACUUAUCCCUGUUGCCUGUGCCAGACUUUCUGCCACCCUUUUUCCUUCCACUCAACUUUUCAAUUAACAGCACACUCUUGUGGUUUGCUACCUUUGUACAGAAUGUCAGCUGUUACUGCUCUGUCUGCUGCUACAUUCAAUUUAUUUGAGAAACAGAAAUUUGGGUUUUUAUUAGUUGUAAUUGUUAAUGAUGAAAAUAAACAGACAUAAAUGCUCCAAAUAUAUGAUCUUUGUAGUGAAUCUCUGUUAAUUAUUAAUUUUAUUAAUUAAUUAACGUUUCUGUGACGUUAGGAUGCACCUGUGCCCAUUUUAUGAAGCUAUAAUUUAGCUAUGUAGACUGGCAGGGUUUCAUCUCUGAAACUUGUUAACUAUACCUUAGCCAUAUUCUGUCAUCUGUUUCCCUGUCCCAUUAGUCUUUUCAUUGACCCUACUGUUCUCGUUAUUUGUCUCAAGUGUAUUACAUUUUUCUCUCAUAACAAACCUUCUCUCCUUUACUCAAGAAUGGUUUAAUGUUCAGCUGAAGUCUUUGAAAGUGAUCAAUAAUAGGUUUGUGAUGUAACAAGCUGAACUCAGGAUGAAUUUGUUCACACUGUUGUCUCUUCUCUUUCUCCUAUUUUCCUCUCUGUACUCUUUUUCCCUCUUCUCUUUCUUCUGGCACAAUAUUAGUGACUUACUUUGCCCCACCACUCCUCUUACAACAACCCUCUUUCUGGAGCCUUCCUUGUCGUCUGUGUGCUGUGGGUGCUGUGCUGUAUCUCCAACAAAAAUAGAGAUUAAAAAAAUAGCAACUAAACUUUCCAAAGCUGGGAAAAGAGGGGACACAUACUUGUGACAUGGAUUCGUCCUGAUUUUUCCAGAAAGAAAAAAAAAAAGACACGGAGAGAGAAAAAAGAAGAUGAAAUCCUAGGAUGUCACUUUUCAUGCAUCACCAACCGACGAAACUAAUUGAAAUCUUCCAAUGUUCACAGGAAAAUCGAGGAUGAAAGCAAAGUUUGUGCACAUGGAUUCAGCUGUGUGCACACACUUCUCUUCACCCUGUGCUCCUCUGUCAUGCUGGUGGGUGUCCACCUCCAGCAGGUUGGACUGUAUAGUUAGACUGCUGUGUUAAUGUAUGCCUUCUGCCAGCUGAGUGUGCAUUUACAGGAGCAACAGUCUUUGAACUUUACAGAAAUCUUCUUCUCUUUUCUCUUUCUUCUCUCGCGCUCUUCUUGCUCUUCUUACUGCCAUUGUUUCCCCAUCCUCUACUGCCCUGCCUUCUGAACGAGGGCACAGGGAAGUUCAUUUUGCACUUUUUUGAAAAUGUAAUAAAAAUAAUAAUGAUGAUUAUAGUUUUUGACGAUAAUGGUGAUGAUUAUAGCUGUGGUGAAAAUCAAGGGAGGAGAAUCUGGAAGGGUUGGCUGCAGUCGGGGGGAGAGGUGACGUCUGCUUGGUGUUUUCAGGGUUUGGAGUUGAAGCGGAGGACACAAAGGAUGCAGGGCUCUCAUCCUCUUCUUGGUCUUUUUUGUGCUUUUUUUUCUAAAUUUCAGAGUACUUAUGUGUGCUUGUGUGUGUAUUUGGGAGGAAACUGCAGGACUCCUGGUGGGAGUCCACUGAUGUUUGAAAUGUCAGGCUGGGAUGGAAAUGCAAGGCACGUUUGCUUGUCUCACGGAGCCUGGCCAGCACAACACUGCUAUUACACAAUGUGUCGAUUAACAUCAAGCUUGUCAGAGCUCAAAGCCACAGCCUGCACAUUGUUAUUCUGAAUGAGUCCAAGAAAGAACAGUUCAUAUACUUAUAAGUAUAUAUGCUGACAGGAAAAGGUAGUUCUUAACCAGGUUCUGAAUUUUAGUUGCACUUCAUGGGAAUUAUAAAUGAUGGACAGCGUGUGUAACAUUAGAUGAUUGGAGUGGAUUAGAGGUUAUCUAAUGCAGUAAUAGUUGCCUAAUUUUCAGAAACAUUCAGCUUAGCUUCAUACCUGCGGAAAUAAAUCUGUCAUAAAGCAACAACAAUAAAACUUAAUUAGAUGCUCAUAGAUACCUAGUUUCCCAUUUAUCCCAUUUGUUUGCAGUUCACCUUUAAUACACUCUUGUAAAGUUUUUGCUUAAUUCUGUCCCAGGGUUUUCCUAUAGUGCUCCCCAAUCUUUCUACACUUCUGCACUUUAUUCAGGAAGUAGCAAAAAUAUUUAGUUGAAUUAUUAGUACUGUGCUUUUCAAUUAUUUAGAAUUUAAUGACAAAUGUACUCUAAUGCCAAUACAUCUAUUUAAACAUAUUUAAAUUUCUAGUAUAAUAUCAUAGCUUUCUAAACCAAAAGUAUGUAUGUUCUAGAAAUGACUUGUAUUGAGUUAUAUAAACCUCACUAAAGUAAAAAAAAACUAUUUAAGAAGACUCAUAUCACUGUAUAUUACUCUAUAAUACUCUUUUAGAGUAAUAUACAUGUUAAAGUGUUAAGUACAUAAGUUGACCAAUGUUUCAUUGGGGUAAAACAUAAGAAUACACUAUGUUUCAAAGUUUUGUUCUUAAGGUCGUAGGAAAGUAAAUUCAGCUUUAUUUAUAUAUCAUAUUUUCACACAGAUGUCACAAAGUAUAUCAUAAAAAGAUUAACUUUAAUAAACCUCACAGAGGUGUACAAUACAGAAUCCAAUCAUCUUGUGACAAUCUAUUAUGAGUAAAAGAAAAACACAUGUUUUUCUAUUUUCUGAAGUAUAAACAAAUAAAAUACUUUAAACUUUACAUCUUAACAGGAGAAGGUAGAAUAUUUUGAAAGUUUUAAUUCUGCUGUGAUAACAAUUACUAACAGCAAUACCAAAUAAAAUAUAAAGAAACAUUUGUAUUUAAAAACUAUUGCGGUUAUUUGGCUGUUAAAAAAUGGUAAAUCAGAAAAUAUACAUUUUUCACUUCUGAAUUCCAAGCUCAGCUGUUUUGUUUCCAUAUUUACAGGCUAUGAGACAAUUUCUAUAAACCUCAAAUCAACUCAGAAAACUAGGAAACCGUACGUCAUAAAAUGUAGGCUUAAUUGCUAAUACUAAGUCUGUAAGCAAAUCCAAAACUAAUUCUAUAUAAAUACUAUUUUUUGAAAGAUGAUGCUAUUGCUUUAAUAUUGUAAAACCUUCUUUCCUGGAAGUCAUCUAUCUGCAUAUAUGGAUGAUCUAUUAUUAUAUAUUUCAGAAACUUUGAAAUGUAUCCACAGUAUGAACAACUAUUAAAGCUGACACAAUUUUUAUGGCGUUACUGUUCUAAUUUCCUGUAUCUGCUGACUGUGCUGCUAUGCUAAUGAUAGUUCACACUUAAGAAGGGACAAAUAGAGAGGGAGAUGGUUCCAUUGUGUAUUUUUUUUUUUCCUUUGCUUCAAAAAUGAAAAACAAAUUUCGUCUUUAUUCUUAAACUAGGGAUAUGUAAUGCAAUGUAUGUUUUUGCUGUUUGAGAAUAUUGAUAAAGUUUCAUCUUCCUUUAGAGACUAGAGAUUAAACAGCAGCUAUAAAGAGAGAAGCAUUUACUGCAUGGCUUGAUGCCCAAACAGUAGGAGGAUCCCCUAUCUGCCUUUACUUAAUUACCAAUGGCUUCCCACCACCCUGUGUUCAGUUUCCUAGAUAACCAAGUGCUUGAUUGCUUAAUGGUUUAAGGCAGUCCUCUUGAAUUCUGUUUACUGUUCAAGAUGUAACGCAGAUAUCGCCCCCAGCAUUAGAAUAUAGAUUUUUUUCCCUGACGCACAUCUUCUUUGUUGCCUAUGUGGAAGGAUGUUUGUUCGUAGCAUCCAAAUGUACAUGUUUCUUUUUGACUGUGUCUAUAGUGAUGUCUCUAGAUUAGUUUGCUUUGGAGAUGAGCAACUGCAUAAAAUAUAUUUAGAUGAGAUGACAAACAAAAGCACAGCAGUCUGAUCUAUGAGGGUGUAAAUGUUCAAGAAGCUGUAGCCCCACAUUUCUUGGGCUAAUAGUCAUGCACCAGACUAACUGGGAAAAAAGACUGCUGGUCACCUGGGGGCCUUUUUCUGUAUGAUGUCCACAAACAUCCAUUGUUAGGCAUUGGCUGUCCUUGGCGCCUGUCCAGGCUAAUUCUAGCUGGGAAAAGCUCCAAAAGUUGCCAAGAUAAACCUGACCAAGCUAACGGAUGGGUGACAAGACUUUUACUUGCAUGCAUGUUAGUUAUAAAACCGCUCCAUGUCUCUUUUUUCUUAGCCAGAGUUAUUUUUGCAGAUAGUGAGCCCCCCCAGGUUCAAGGAAGCAGAUAUUGCUCCUUUCUGACCACCUAAUGGGAGUGUAAUGUGCUGUGACACUGCAGGCACUGGCUGUCAAAACAGUGAGCCCUGUUCCAGGGAUGGCCAAUUGUUCUGAAGGGCACUGGACUGGAUCAGUGCAUCACAGCAGCCAGCACCGAGGCCCACAUGAAAGACGGUGCCCAGAACAUACUCGGCACACCGCAUGCUGUCCAGAAAAGCUUCCCGACACUCAUGAGGAGGAGUAGUUAUACGGCACUGGCCAGUUUACAACAGCACAGUUGUGUGCUGACACCAUCUUUAGCGUGAAUCAAAAGAGAUAAAAAGGCAGUGCUAGCAGAAGUUGUGCUGUGUAUGGACUCGCUUAUUAAACAGUCUUUAUGCAGUGGGUUUCAAAUUAAGUGAUUCAGGUCAGCAUCGGUGGAUAAAUGUCAGAAGAAUCUCAAUGUAGAGAAUAAAGAAGAGAUUUGAGAAGGAAUUAAGCUAACAACUAGUUAUGUCAGUGCAAACCGCUGCUCCACCUGGCUUGUCAGGUAAAGACAGAAACUAAUCAGUGUAAUCAGUCCUGAAGGUGUGAAACCACUUUCUGGACCUAUUAAGGCAACAGUUUCUCAGCUAUCUAUUUCCCUUUGAUUGAGCUACAUAUUGUUCAGAAGGCUAAGCUUUAGAAAGUAGUCCUCAGUCACCAUGCGAGCUUGGAGAUACUCUGUUAUUUUUAUAACGAGACGGACUGUGACGUCACUCAUCAUUGAAAAUAGACUGCUGAGAAGACUUUUGGACUUUUAGAAGGAUUAUCUGCUUUUUAAUUCAGAUGACUGAAUAAAAAAAAAUAUUGGUCAGUGUUGACAGGUUGCAUAAAUAACUUAACUGGAAAUUUUAUAACUUUUCUUUUGACCACAAACUGAUUCUUCACAUUUAUGACUGAUGGUAUCAUUAUAGCAUACUAAAAAAAUUGUUGCUUAUUUUUUUAGUGAUCUCAGACCUAGAUAUUUAUAAGGAUUACUUGUUCAAAACAAGAUUCAGCUAAGAUUCCUUUAGUGGUUAAAAUAGAAGAAUCAUUGAUGCUCUCAGUUGUGACUAAAUGUUUGACCUUACUGGUGGGGGAAAAUGCUGCGCGUUUGCUAUAAGGCCUGUUCCCUCCUGGUAUAUUUUGUUUGACAACAUAGUGUAAAUCCAUCAGAAAGCUUCUAUCUUUAAAAUAAUAAGAAUCCCGACAUUUAUCUUUGUUUUCUGCUAUCAGCUCAACCACCAAAACACUAAAAUGGAUGGAAAGUUUAAAUCUAAACAUAUGGAGACAUUAGUUCCCAAAUACCACUUUUUAAUUGCACUGCCACCUCUCUCACACCUUUAAAUGUGUUGCUCUUUCUCGGCACCAACAAUGUCAGCAGUGACCUUCAGCAAGCCAGGGAUCAUGAAUACACCAAGAGAGGAUUACAGAUGUUCCCAGUCAAGACUUUUCCCCCCUCAGACACAUUGGAGUGUUUGUUCAGCCUCAGUUCUGUCUCUCAUCAUUAUAUUCAAUUCCUGGCAGAAUCAAUGACCGGGUGCUGGUGUGGGCCCGAGUGAAAAAAGUUUAAUUCUGUCCACAACUUCACUGCAUAUUACUGUAAGUUUAUCUCCUUUUUCUGCAAUAAGUAGAUUUGUUUGUAUCUAAAACAAUUCUCAGACAUAAAUUGUCACCUGUAGUCACGGUGUAUAAAAGCUUUAAAAUAGAUUAAUCUUUUACUUCUCUGGUUGACAAAUAUUGAAAAAUCUAACAUUUAAUUUUAAAAUAUUUGCAAAGUGUAAAAAAUAAGCUUUAUUUUUAAAAUCUAUUUGUUUUAUGUCCUCUCUUUUAAACUACAUAACCUCUCUUGAUGUGGUUCACGACUUAGGCUCGGGGACUGGAAUGACGAUGGUAGAAAUCAUUUUUGUAUUUUAAGUCAUUAUUAUAUCAUAAACCCAAAUUAGAACCCAUUUCCAGAUUUCUGGCAGAACCCACCAAACUUAGUUCUUAAAUGUUCUGGUAUUUCAAGCAGUUCCAAGUGGGAUUUUGAAGACAAACAGGCCACCGCCAUCACAAAUCUGCCAUACUUAACAGUGGGCCUGAGGCACGUUGCCUCACAUUCAUCUUUUGUUUCAUGACAGGUCAACCUGGACUGUUUGUUGCAGAAAAAUCCUGCUCUCUAUUUUAAAUUUGGCACAGACAAUCAUAGUUCCCCAAAGAUUAUCCUAACAGACAUAUUUAUGGCUUUCUUAAAAUUAAAUAAAUUCAUGUUAGCUGAGUUGAAUUUUAGUUAUUCUUUUAACACUAGACUUUGUGCACUAGAGUAUAAAACUUACCGCUAAAGUUCAAUAUCUUGACAACUUAUUUUGUACAUUUCCAUGCAUUUUUAAAAAUUGAUUUACAUUUACUAAAGUUAUAUAAUUAGCUUAAUUCUCUCACAACUGGAGAGGUCCUACCUGCUCCUUUUGUUCCCUUGAGAUUUAUGAUGAUGUUUGUCCUUGUCUCAUUCCUCCUUCCCUUAAUAUUCCAUCGUAGUUUUCCUUGAUGGAUUUCUUAAGUUAAGCAUCAGUGACUCACUCUAUUGGAAAGGUGCCUGCUCUGCUGUAGUCUUUGCUAAAUUAAAUUAGGGUUGUUCUUUCUCUUGGAGACCUUAAUGUCUGUGAGUGUGGAUUAAAGUGAGGCUGUGGUAAUCCCAUCCUGGAGGAACGUCUUCGCUGCCUGUGCUUUAUUCUGCUGAAUCAUGUCGUGACGCCUGAGUAAGUUCAGGACUUACUUGGCUCACCUUCGCUGUUUGUCUGUGCGUUCGUCCUGCCCUGCACCGACAGACCUCUCCUCUCCCGCCGACUCACCCUUUCAAUUGUUUUAAGCAUCUGGUGAAAACCAGUGUGACUCCUUCCAUUCAGGGUUGUAUGAAUAGUAACUACACAAAUAUGAAAAACAAUGAGUAAUAAUUUCCUUUCUGUUCACAUUUGACUGUUGGUUAGUGUGUACGUAUGUGUGUGCUUGGUGUUCUUGUGUUUUUAUUUCUUUACAGAGCAUUGUGAAGAAUAAUUAUUUAUUUAUUUUUUGUUUUUUUAAAAAAAACUUAAUGUAAAUAUUGUUGGUGAAAAUUAACAUUUAUUGUACUCCGAGUUUUCGUUUGUCACUCAAGUCGAUGAAGAAAACAACGAUACACAUGAAUAACAAUGGUGAUGUUGAUGAUGAUGUUGAUGAUGAUGAUGAUGAUGAUGAUGAUGAUGAAGCUGAUUUUACCUGCCCUUCUUGAAUAAGGGCUUUUGAUGUCUGCUGUAUUUUUGUUGGGGGCGUCGUGAGGUCAAGGCAAGACAAGCGACAGGGAAGGAGUGGUACCCGACACAUCCCAGGUUCUUUGUAGCAACACUGCCACAAGUCCCCGAAUACACACAGGUAACUCAAAGCGACACAAAUUGUAGCCAUGAAGCAUCAUAGCGUUCUUACAGCAUGCUUUGCGGUGUGUGAGAACAACACACUCCUCCUUGUUGAGUCACUCUGACCCAGUCGCUUGGCAUCACAUCCCACCAGUCAGCUUACAGGCUCUGGGAUUUACUGAAAUGCCAUUGUGUUAGAUGGGAUUGACCCUGUCCUGACACCCAUGAUGCCUUGCUCAUUGAAUUUGGAGUCAUUAUUUGGAGCCAUACAUAAGGAUGGGUACGGCUUCCAUCAUCCUACAGCAACAAGGGUAAUUUGCAUGCAUGUUUUAGUUCCCAAGUGAGCUUAUGUGAACUUUGCCAAAUAACUGGCUUGUCGGUUGCUUUGUGAACUAUUUGCAAGAGCUCUCAAGCGCCAGCAAGGACAGUCCAGGAUUAGAGAGACAGCCGAACCAUAAACUGCCAUAUUGUGAUGUAAAAAAACCUCAAAUAAUACUUGCACCAUCUCUCCUCUUUAAAACAGAUUUUAGCUGUGCCAUAUCACAACAUAUUUCUUUGUUUUCUCCAGGACUCGUCUGCAACAUCAUGUUAGACUUCAAAUCAUGUAUUAUUUGUAGUUUCAGAGAAUGCUGAAGGAGCUUUUUUUGUGCUGAUUGAUCAAUAAGUAGUGAGGAGAUAAGGUGAUGUCACAAUCUGUGAGACAGAGAGCAGUUGGUGUUGCAUAUAUCUGCAAUUUACCAGGAUUUUGGAAAUGUGUCAAAACAUUUGAAAAUAUCUUUGCACUUUGAACUUAGCACACUUAGUAAGAUUAGCUCACAUAGCUUUGCAAACUAUGAUCGGUUAUCAUGUGUGCUCCCUGAAGACUGAGCAAAAACUGUGCAGAAGACCAAUCCAGCUUGUUCCUCGACAGACAGCGUUGAAUUAAAACAGCUAUUUUGCUGCAAUGCAUUCAGCUUUGCUUUUAAAAUGCUGGUGCCUCUUGUGACUUCAUUUUCAAUGCCUCAUCUGUGCUGAAAACAGCUAACUUUGCUCAGUAACAACUUCCAAACCAAAGAGAGUUUUUGUCAGUGCGACAUGUUGGGCACUUGUGUUUUCUGAGCCUGAAAAAAAUUAGAUUUUUAAGUUAAUCAGUCACUGUUAAGAGCUGGGUAAGUGUAAAUUUGAAUUCUGGUCGGUAGAUGAUUUCUCGGUGCAUCGCUGCAAUUUGUCCUCGUUGAAAUAAAUGAGGAAUUAAAAUGCACUUUUAUUUAUGUUCAAAGCAUGCUAUAACUUUGUAAAACAUUGGUAAAAACAGGAUUGUGGUCAACUACCAUAAAUCCUACUUCAUCCACACAGUGCAGCGGCGGAGCUUAUCAGUUUCAGGUUUCUUUGAGGAGCGUCUCUGACCUGACAUGGUUUAGCAGAUACUGCCGGCAGCUGUCUCCAGGAAAGACAGUGGAUACAGUUCUACCUUCGUCUGUAAUACCAUCCCUCUGAGAGAGUCCCACAAGGACACUGAAGCUCCACACGCUAACCAAAAAUAAAGCCCAGCUACUUUCUCCUCCAAACUCGAUCUGUUGCUGAUUGCGAAUGAGAUGCAGGCCGAGCGGUGUCGAAAUCCUGCCAUUUAUACAGAGAUUUUUAAAUCAGGGAGGUAAUAAGCAAUACUCUUAACUGACCUACUGAAUCUAAACUGAGAGGGGUUUUAUUUUUGCAUUGAGGGAUGUCCAGGGUAACACUCCUGCUUUUUGGUUGGGUUUUUAACUCCUUUCUCCACUUGCCUUGGCCCGCCUCUUCAACAAAGAGUGCUCUAACUUUAAACACACAAUUGUGAUGUGUACAAUCUGAUUCCAUGUAUUUAUUUAUGUUUUUUUUUUUUUGCCAACUUUGUAUAGUGUACAAAUAUCUAUAAAUAUACAAACCAUGACAGUACUGUAUAGAUUUUAGCUGCCUGGUAAGGUUAAUAGUAUAUACUUGGUAGACUAAAAGAAAAAGCGUAGAGCUGUUCAAAAGCCAGUUACUGAGAAAAAAAAUGCUUUCUGUAAGACCCGAUGCCACUGGCUCUUUUUUAUAUUCUAAGUUUCUGCUUUCUUUUUUUAUUGUAGCCAGUGGGAUCUUUUUUGUCCAUUUGUUUUGCUUUUGUUUUUUUUGUUUUUUUGACAAGACACAGCAAGGUUCUGGCAGCCAGGAGAGUGCAGUGGAACGCAGACUGGAGCCCUGUGCAGUUGUACGUGUUUUUAGGUGUGCGUCCGUCCAUCGUAGUGCUUAGUGCUCUUUGUGCAGUGCCUCCCUCCUCCCUCUUUUUCUCUUACGCAGAUUGCUCGCUAAGAUGCAGGAUGAUUGUGUUUGCCGAGGCUAGCUGAUGCCCUCCUCCUUUUUCUUUUUUCUCCUCACAUCCGCUCUGUUUCUUCAUUACGCCGCUUAGUUUUAAUCCUCCACUAAGUAUAGAUUUUCACUUCCUCUGCUCGAUUGUUCAUUUACUAUCCCAUUCAGAUGAUAAUGCGCACACCACCAGAGUCUAAUUUCCUGGUAAUCCAUUCCAUCCCCCAUCAUCUAUCCUGGAUUCUUUGUCCAUUAGGAUCUCCCAUUUGUCACCUUCCAGGUUAUUUUUUCUAUAGAGCUCUGUGGACCAGAGAAUAAACAAAAAAAAAGGAGAUCCAUGAUCCUCAUCCCAAGUCAUAACUACAAACUCAAAGGAGAAGGAACAGUAUCAGCUCAGCACGCAGCAACACAAAGCAGCCAUAUUAAAGUCAAGCACAGAUGUGAGCGUUUAUGUUGUGGCAGCUUCACUGCUGCCUGUUUGUAGCAAGAGCGAGAGGAAAAAAAAAACGCCUUAAAGAUCGGACCAACCACACAUAUUAAAGAUACUGGGAUGUGUAUAUUUGUGGAAACCCUCCCUUUUCCUGCACCACUUUUAUUACUUGGUAUUCCAGUGAGCUGCUUGGUUGCUCUGUACAUAUCUGUGUAGUACUUCUGUUGAUGUCCCAGUACUGGUAUAGUAAAGGGUUCUUACUGGGUGGCCUCGGCUGACGCCCUCCCUCUCCUGUUCUCGUCUCAUUCUCCUUAAACGAAAACUUCAAACAUUCCAUUUGAACCGAAUAGCUACUAAAGAUGAUUGGAUCUCACUGGGAGCUAAAGAGAAAGGACCGAACUGCAGACGUCUCUCACCGGAGCCAUGUCAAUAACCGAGACGCCUUGGUCACGUCCCUCUGAGGGCCGCAGAACCUCCACACAUCUGCACGCGACUCUCUGCUCCUUCCAACCCACCUCCUCUCUGGUCGGCCCUGGUUUGCAGCAGAAGGGUCAGACAGCGGGACGGGGUUGGGAGAGCCCUGGGAGGCAGCAGAGAGCCACGUCUCUGCGGUCGCGCCCAGCAAAGGGAGGGAGGGCGUCAAAGGGCAGAGCUCAGUAGCACUUUGGUUUUGCGUUCCAUGUUUAUUUUUUUCAGCCUCUCCUGUUCUUUGGGCCGAGCGGACUGUGAUCUUACUGGGUUGUGUUUUUUUUUUGGUUUUUCUGUUCUUGCUCUCCUCCACUCAUCAGUGUUACACAGUGUGCUGAGUGGACGGAGCCUUGGAGCUGAGCUCUGAUGUUGUUCCAUAUUAAAGAAUCAUUUUUGCUA